AGGCGAUUUUUGCGUGGUUGAUCCAGGUUGCUUUGUUGACUGCGUCAGCUGCGUCUUCUGUGCUCGUGGUGCUUGCAUGAACGUGUUUACAUGAAUGGGCGAAAAGAGCAGGUUGUUGCCGCGUGUCCACACCAUCCUCCCGCAGGUAGUGCUUCAUGGCAACGGUGAAAAAGAAGCCUUCCGGCAAAGACCGCAAUGUCCGCCCGAAGAAAAGAAAGACGCACCGGUACUGCUGCGUCAUUGACUGCCAUAACAACGAGGGCACCCCGAACGUGAGCCUGUACCGGUUUCCUUCCCAACCUUGGGACAGGGAACGGCGGCAGAGGUGGAUUGCGGCUGUGGGGCGCGUAAAUCCAGAUGGCUCCCCAUGGGCGCCCAACGACGGUUCAAGGAUCUGCUCGGCCCACUUCGUCAACAACGAAAAAAGCAAUAUUGCGAUCCAUCCAGCGUACUGCCCCACGCUUUUUCCACGAGUGUAUAAGAAAAAUUCCACGAUUCCACAGGACCAAGUAUCAAGGUUUGACAGGUGGCACCGCAGACGGGCCAGAAGAGGUGGCUCAACAAUGGCUCUUGCCAAACUGCCGGAGGAGGCGCCCGCUACUUCGAGGAAUGAAAGGGGACACCUGGACGACGGCGGCGGAAUGCGCGCUUCCAGCUUGCACCUGGAGGGACAGUGGAACGGCGCUUUUGCGGUUAAGCGAGAACAAGACGAAGGAUCUGCCAUUUCGAUUUCUGAGGCCUGGCAUUCUGGAGACACCGAUUACCUGUCCUUUCCCCACGGGCACCUGUUUGCAAGCCAAACCACGUCCGUUCUUGUGAAGAAAAAGCCAGAGGAUGUACCGCCUGCUUCAGCGGGUGAAAGCGUCCACUUUGAUGGUUACGGGAUUAUGUCCGAACGUCCACUGCAACUGGAGGGACACAGGGACGCAGGCGCUGUUGCAAUCAAGGAAGAGCCGAAUGAGUCUGCCUUUUUUUGGACCGGCGAGGGCUCGUGCACUGGGGCCCCUGACGGAGCGUCGUCGUCGCUAAUACACCCGAGUGGACUAUGGAUGGGCGCCCGGCGGAGCACAACUGAAGGCGAGUUUGUGCCUUUUUAUUGCCUUGGGGAGAAUAAAGGGCAAGUUUGUGAUGGCCCUGGGCAAAAGAUGAUAUUACUGAAAGAACAAUUAUGCUCGCUGGUGGGCAAACGAGGUGCACUCUCUUUGUUUCGAGCGCUUCCGGUCGUCGACGGUCAUAGUAGUGUAAAGGUAUUUCGGAGAGUUCUCGGAGCAAAAAUGGAUGUGUCGAAGUGA